UCACGCAAAUCCAGCCCGCCCCAGCACGCGCAGCACAGUGAAAAUGCAACCAAACCAUGUAUGAAAAUAUGCUCUUCAGGACGAAUGCGGUAACAAACGGAGUAGAAAUAAUAAUGAUUUAAUAUAGCUUAUAUUUUGCACUUUUUCAGCAAGAACUAGAUAAUUUGGUAGUAGUUUUAUAUAAUGAUUUUUUUAAUAUAAAUAAUAAAAAUAUAAUAGAAAAACACUACCACCAUGCCAACCAUUUAAGGGAAUUGAAUUUCUAACAAAAAGUUGGUAUUUGAUUAUGAUGGAAAUGAGAAGCCACAGUCUGCAAAGCAGAAAUAUCACUAUUUUUGUACAUCAUUUUUUCACCACAUUUUUAGGUAAAUAAUAAACAUGUUAUUGUGUAACAUUUAAAAUUUUAUAUAAUUACAAUUCUCAAAAAAUUAAAAAUAUGUUAUACAUUCAAUUAAUUGACUGCUAGCUAACUUGUGUUAUUGAGUCCAAUAAUUAUCUAAAAAGUACACACACACACACACACACACACACACACACACACACACUAAUCAUAAAAACACACUGUGACAGGUACUAUCUACUUGUUCAGUUCUUUAUUCUAGGAUGUGUGAUAGCCUAAUGUUACAUGAUUUUGCAAAGACAUAUAAUCUUUCGAUUAUUCAAGUUGUUAGAAGUGUCCCUAUUGUAUAUAUGCUAUGUGUGUUAAACAAGUUAAUGAGCGCCACAGAUGGUCUUUCAGAAUCUUUUGCAAAACUGGCUUUGCUCUGUCGUCCAUGCAAGUUGUCAAAUGUUUAUAGCCUACUUUACGCAUUUCGUUAAGCGAGUUUACCACACUAGAUAGACUAGGCUAUAGAAUUGUCUACACUGCGUCUGAGUGAUCUUUCGACAUAAAAGAACAAAAUCGUUACGGACGAGCAUAGAAAUACAAGCAAAGCGUCUGCUUUGUGUUUUCACUAUGCCUGCGUCUGGAUCAGCUAAUGUACAGUACGGUCACGUGACGGAUAACAAGCUAAGCCGUCAAUCGCAUAGGAAGAACCGCGAGACCAUAAGAGAAUUUUCCUGCUGCAACAAACACGAAAUUAUUAGCAGUUUCUCUCAUAUAGUUGGUUGAGAUGGACGUGUCUGGUCACAGUCUGUUCCUCCUGCAGCAGCUGAACGUCCAAAGGGAGUUUGGCUUUCUGUGUGACUGCACUGUUGCCAUUGGCAAUGUAUACUUCAAGGCUCAUCGUGCAGUCCUCGCUGCCUUCUCAAACUACUUCAAAAUGAUCUUUAUCCACCAGUCCAGUGAGUGCAUCAAGAUCCAGCCCACAGAUAUUCAACCAGAUGUCUUCAGCUACCUGUUACACAUCAUGUACACAGGCAUGGGUCCCAAACAACCUGUUGACCAGGGCAGACUUCAGGAAGGCAUCAAGUUCCUCCAUGCAUACCAGCUUUGCCGUAAAACAGGCGAGGGUGGCCCUGAUGCAUCCUCUGACCCCAUCCGUAUGUCCAAUCUAUAUGGCAUCCAAAUCUCUUCGCAGCUGGCCAGUAAAGAGAACUCGGCCCUGAAGGCUGGUGGUUCACGGGACCCUGAGGACAGCUGCUCCAGCUCUAGGGCUGAUCGCACACAUGGCCGUUUAGCUCUCGCUGUAGGGCUGGAGGGCAUCGGAUCUGAGCGACAGCCUCAAAGCUUCCGUGCGGCGUCCUCGGUAGCCUCAGGGGAUGACUCUGACAUUUCGGCACGGAUAAAACAGGAGCGGGUAGAGGAAGAAGAACAACAGGAAGGCGACAAGGAGCCUUGCUCUCUCUCCCCAGCCCAGGUGAGCCCCUGUCAAGCCGGCCUAUUCAAAGAUGGCCCUCUAGCGCUUUUGUGCCCACGAUGUGGUGAACGCUGUCUGUCACCCGAAGGCCUACAAGAGCACCUUUUUACCCAUGCAGCCUGUGCCCUCGAGCCUAGCGGUCUGAUGGAAGGCCCUUCAGAGGACAAAACUGGGGAGCACACGUCCCUGGAGGAGAGGCAACCUCAUAAGGAGCGCAUAGACUCUGGUAGUCUGGAGGAGGCCCUACGGCAGAGCCAGGCCCUGGCAGAUGAGCUCGCUGUGGAACUCAGGCGAGGCGGCGGGACCGGACGAAGCGGCAGCCCAUUGGCAGCCUUCACACGAAAGCGAAAGAUGGCCUGCGCCGUCUGCAAUCUUCGUUUCUCGCAGAAGAGCCAGCUGCAGGAGCACAUGUUCGCCCAUGUGGGCAAGCCACUGCGAUACCAUCGCUACAGCCGCUUCUGCGGACAGCUGCUCCAUGGCUGCGAGGGUCAGCCAGAUAUUACCGCAGCCACAGGAGAGGAGGCAGCCAAGGACACUCAGGAUAAUGGGAGCUCCUGCUACUCACUGGACUCUGAGGUCUCUCAGGAGAGCGUGGACGCAGUGACUGUGGAAUGACGUUGUGUUUGACAUAUAUUCAUGUGAACACACAAUGUAUGGUAAAGGAAUAUUCUGGGUUCAGUACAAGUUAAGCUCAAUCAAUAGCAUUUGUGUGGCAUAAUGUUGAUGAACACAAAGAGCAAAAAGAGCAAAAAUCUCGCUUUGAGUGAGACACUUUGGAAAUUAAUGGGGUCAAUCUCUAAAAAUUUUAAAUAUUCACUGUUUCAACAGUACAGCCACACAGCGUAAACAAAUUAGGUGUUAACAUGAUUACUUACUAACCUUUUCUGUGUAAAGUUAUACUAUAUACAGGCCAUUGUUUUAAAGUCGACAACAACAGGCGCACAUGUUGACGAGCUCUUGUGUAGGGUUAAGAAAUACGUGGAACCCUAGAUAAAACAUUUUUAUUGGGGAUAUCUUCAGGACAGAAAUAGAGCAGACACUGGAAAAGGAUGACAUUUUGUAGUGUGCAUGUGUCGACCGUGUGCAUGCUGUCAAAUGGAGCAUCCUUAGAAAGGCUAUGUGUUCGGCUGUAUGUGUACACUAAGCAUUUGCAUCAAAACUUAAGUAUACUUUGGGCUUAAAGCGUUAGUUCACCCAAAAAUGAAAAUUCUGUCAUUAAUUACUCACCCUUAUGUCGUUCCACACCUGUAAGACCUUGUUCAUCUUCG